CCGAUCUAAAACUAUAUAAUCUGUUCUCAGUUUAUCUCAGAGCCAGCAAGGAUCGAGUUGUCAUGGAAGUCAAAGGAGGAACAGUAUACAAGGAUGCGUACGAACUCAUCGACCUCAAAAAAGCCGAGGCAACGAACAAAACCAAAAAACUGAGUAGAAGGAGACCAGUGAAGACUUUUCGGAUCGUCGCAACUGUGAUAACUUUUGUGCUAGCUGUAAUUGCUUUCAUCCUGAUUGUGGCUUUCAAAGUCGAUACUAGCAAUAAGAUCAAUUCUAAUCAGGACUUUCAAUCUCAACUUAACGAAGAAGCUUCUAAUCUGCAGUCGCAGCAAAGCAAUUUCAACGAUGAAUUUGAAGAGCUGUUGUAUCUGAUCAACAACAAUAUUCUGUCUCGACUAAACGACUCAAAUGUAGACAUUAACGUUCUCCAGAACGAAUCUAACAGUGCUGUACGAACUCUUGAGUCACAGCUGAGCCAAAAGAUUCAAGAUAUUCAAACUCUGUUAAACGUAUCGAACAGUGAUAUCCUUACUCAGCUACUCACUGCAAAGCAGACAUUACAGAAUAAGCUAAAUAGCACUAACCAAGAACUUCAAUUCGAACAAAACAGAGAGACAAAAAAUCGAGAAGCACAAAUAAAUUCAGCCGAAGCUAAUCUUCAAAUUCAGCUGAAUGAAACAAGUGAUGUAAUUCAAAGUCUAACGCUCCAUUUAGAACAGCAGGUCCAGAAUAUCGAGUCCAAAAUUAGCAACUUUUCAGAUGUGAUUCUAUCACAGUUAAAUUCCUCUACACAAGAUAUUCACAACACACUUUCGAAACUGCAAUGUCCUGGAUUGAGUCGCCACAGUCCUGCCUCUAAUUGUCAGCAGGUGUUCAACUGUAACCCAUCCUUCUCGACUGGCGACUACUGGAUACUGGCACCAAAUAACAGAACUAUUCUCUCUGUAUAUUGUGAACGUUCUUGUGGAAACCCUAAUGAUGGGUGGAGACGUGUUGCUUUUCUAGACUCUGGUUUAGGUAAAUGCCCCACUGGACUACAAAGGAGAUUUCAUUUGACUGAUGGGCAGUUUAUUCGACAGUGUGGAGCGAGUCGUGAUGAAAGGUGUUCCUCUGUAAUAUUCGAGACCAAUAUAACGCAGUACGACAAGGUGUGUGGUAAAAUCAUUGCUUAUCAAUUUGGCAUUCCGGAUGGAUUUAGAGGUAAUGCUACCCGUAACAAUGCAGCCUUCUUGGAUGGCGUUACCCUCAGACUUGAAGGCCCACAAGCAAAUCAUAUUUGGUCAUUUGGUGCUACUGCUUAUAAUAAUGUACGCCCAGAGAGGUGUCCCUGCGACCAAACCAAUAUAACCGUUGGUUCAGUAGGCACCGACUACUUCUGUGAUGGUGCAGAAACUAGCUCAGGUGAAAAUAAUUUCAUUCGUGAUCGACUAUGGGAUGGAGCUAGUUGUAACCCUACUGAUUCACGCCCCUGUUGUCAGUUUAACAACCCUCCGUGGUUCUUCAAGCAGUUGGCCUCUCCAACUACUGCAGACAUUCAGAUGAGAGUGUGUAUUGAUGAACCUCGAAGUGAUGAAGACAUUCGCAUCGAGCAGUUAGAGAUUUAUGUCCAGUAAAAAUAAACAUGCAUGCAGACAUUCAAAUUUACUUGUAGACUGACUAUACAUUGUACUAGGUAUAGUCUAUCUUUACGUAGUAUAGCUAUUAUAUAUAUCUCGUUGUUGUUGGCAUUAGCUUUUAAAAAUGUGACAA